AUGGAUUAUCAAUUAAAUAUGAAAAAACCUUCGUCCUCGCCGAAGCCGACGAAUCAUUUUUUUCAUGGGCAAAAACAACCAUAUCAAGAGGAACUUGCUGAACAUUCCACCUUAUCGACAUCAACAACGUUAUUAUCGACAUAUCUGACUGCGGAUAGUCCAUGGAAACACCCGACAACUGUUGAUUGUUUGAAACUUGAUGAUGAGCACAAACGACAGAUAUUAAAAUUCUUUGUUUUUUGUCAAUAUAUAAUUCCACGAAAACCUCUUCAUCUAAUACUCGGAGAUCCUCAGAAAGCAAUUACAUGA